AUGUCGCCGCGAAUUGUUGUGCUGAUAUCAGGUUUCGGUUCCAAUCUUCAGGCUCUAAUCGAUGCCGUUAACAACGGAACUCUAAAAGCAACCAUAAGUCUGGUUGUUUCGAGUAAGGCCACUGCAUAUGGUUUAAAGCGUGCAGAAGCGGCAAACAUCCCUACUUUAGUGUUUCCGCUACAAGCAUACAGAGAUGCGGGGAAAUCGCGAAUAGAAUAUGAUAUCGACUUGGCUACAAAAAUAAAAGCUUACGAACCAGACCUGGUAGUUCUCGCAGGAUGGAUGCUGAUACUUUCUAAUCAAUUCCUGGAACAUUUCGCGCAAAAAACCGUUAUUAAUUUGCACCCUGCUCUCCCGGGACAAUUUGAUGGAACAGAUGCAAUUAGACGUGCGUACGAGGCAUACAAACGAGGGGAGAUACAAAAUACUGGAGUGAUGGUUCAUAAGGUUAUCCCAGAAGUCGACAGAGGUGAGCCGAUUAUGGUCGAAGAAGUUGCUAUAUUAGAGACAGACACGCUAGACGAUUUAGAAGCACGCAUACAUUCCGUAGAACAUCGUCUGAUAAUUGCAGGCGCAAACAAAGCUCUUCACGAGCUGAAUGUAUAA